AUGAGCGUUGUAGUACAACUGCCACCCAACAACGACAUUCGCACCAUGCCUACCCCAUCCACUUCGGCCGCUGCAACGCAGCACUCGGCAGAAGCCAUGAUACAAUCCAUUGACUCGACGGACAAGCCCUCCGAUCUUCCACCCAUGCCCGUUCCGUACGAAGAUUUUCACUUUUCGCUCGACUUGCCUGCUGAGCUCGACCUCAACGACCUACAGUUCAUCAGUUCCGCUGAUCGCAGGGGAGGUCCAUCAAAUCCCAUGACGCCCGGACUCACAUCGCACUUUUUGGCAUCAACACCACAGGCCAUCGCGUUUGGUCACGACGACGUCCACAUGGCUAGCAGGUCAAAUAGCCGCAGGGGAAGUCUCUCCAAAGGAAGCAGGCCAGCAUCGCCUAGAAUCGGCUCUUUGCGCUUCUCGGAAUCCGCUCUAAGGCCACCUCCGCCUCCUGAUUUCGAGCCCUCCGGUCCCAACAUGUUCGACGUCGACGCUUUUGCGAAUGGUACCCUGUCGCCCUUCGGCAUCGGCACACCAAGUGGUGCUGACAACAAGCCGCUUCAAAACGGUCCGCUAUUUGACGCCAAGGAAAAGAACCUGCUUGUCAAUUUCUUGGAAGGCUUCGAAUGGGACUUUGAUCCGAGUCUUCCCGAGGGCAUGCCUAGCUUCUCGGCGGCCGCAGCAGAGAGAUCCGCGGCAGCUGCAGAGGCCAUGGGUUUCCCAGCAGAUCUUGGCUCAGCAGCACCAGCGAGUCGAGACCCCAUGCUUCACGAAGGCCCAGCCAUGUCAGCAGCAGCGCGACGAUUGCAAAACAAAGCAGCGUUGGCGUCUGGCUCGUCUGGCUCCAAUUCUGGAUCGGCGACCGCUUCGUCGCAAAGUCCUCACGACACGUCUUCGACCAGCACAUCACCGCACGGCUCGAAUCGAGGGAAUGCACCACGACGAUCGCACAGCAACAACAACAACAAGGGCCGGUCUUUCCACCACGAGGCGGAUCUCGUCAACACAGCUUUCGGCGGCGGCUUGUCGGAAUGGUCUUCGGCUACUGCAGCACCGCAUCAGCCACCAGUGCAGCAUGCCUAUCCACCACAACACGCAGCAUUUCAUGACAACUCUGCGACGGGCAGCAAAAGACAUGCGGGCCACUUUGGCGGAAAUGAAGCGGACGAGCAGACGCAGGCAGCACUUGCGCUUGGAUCGCUCACGGGAAUGCAUGCAGAGAUGUUCCGCAUGAGUGCUGGUCUUGAUAUGGCGCACAGAAAUGACAAUGAACCCAACAACAGCAUCGGCAGUAGCAACAGCAAGAAGCAGGGGUCCGUCGCGCAACUGCCACGCGCAUCGAACAGACCAGGGUCUGCCAGCAAACAAAAUGCAUCUGGCAAAAAGCUCAAGACGGAACACGAGGACGACGAAGACAGGCUCAGCCAAGCAGAUGCCAGUGCAGCGAGCAGGAGGGAGCUUCUCACCGAGUCGGAGAAGCGUCAGAACCAUAUCCUGUCUGAACAGAGGCGGCGAAACUACAUCCGUGAAGGCUUCAAGGAUCUCGUCGUUCUGCUGGAUGACGGGCGCAAUUUCGGAGCGAGGGCGUUGGGCCUGUCUUCUGGAUUUGGCACGGGCGUAGAGGACGAAGGGCUUGACGAUCGAACUGAUGUUGAGGAUGUGGUUGAUGUGUUGUCCGUGGGCAGGAAGAAGCCGCCCAAAAAAGCGAAAAAGGCGGGACCCGAUGGAGUGCGACAGCGCGGCAAGGGGAGGGGAAGGGGAGGCAGUGCCGGAGGAGGUGCUGGGUCCAAGAGUGCUGUGCUGUUCCAAGCGGUUGAUCUGAUCCGGUGGCUGGACGGCAAGAGUAAAGAGCUCACGCAGCAGUGUGAGGCGCUCGAGCAGUUGGCGGGUAUCCAAGAGCCUGAGGCGAUUGUGGCGGCUAAUCGACCCGCUAGUGCUGCAAAAGCUGCUUAA